UUCUACUCCACCUACGUCACACAGAAGGAGUCACGUGCAGGAAAUGAACAAAACACUACCGCAGUCAACUAAAUAUUGCUAGAAUUGCCAUGAAGGGACUUUACUGCAAACCAGGAGACCAGGGUGAUGUGAAGUUUAUCCUGGAGGACACAAAUAUACCCACUAACAUUGGCAGCCAUGAGGUCAAAGUUCAAGUGAAAAGCUGUGCACUGAGUCCGGUUGAUUUUAAGCUUUAUGAGGACCUCAAGCUUGAGAAAGAACAUGUCCCAGUUGGAAGGGAGAUCGCUGGGGUUGUUCUUCAAGUUGGACCCAAAGUGACCUUUUUCCAGCCAGACGAUGAGGUUGUUGGGAUUCUCCCUCUGGAUGCUGAGCAGUCUGGCCUUUGUUCCGUCGUGGUUACUGAUGAAUAUAAUUUAGUUCAGAAGCCUGAGAAAGUGAGCUGGUUUGAAGCAGCAGCAGUAAUUAAAGACGGUCUCAGGGCUUACACAGCUCUCCACACUCUGGCUCGGAUGGCUGCGGGUCAGACCGUACUGGUGCUGGAUGGGGCAGGUCCCUUUGGACUUCUGGCCAUUCAGCUCGCCCACUAUCACGGUGUAAAAGUCCUAGCUACAGCUUUGUCUCCGGAGGACCAGAAGUUUUUGGAAGAGCUCCGGCCGAGCGUGGGUGUGCAGGAAUCACUGUUGGCUCGAGUGAUCAGAGUGUGGGAUGCAAAGGAGGAUUUGGUGGACUCAUGCCUUGAGGAAACUGGAGGUCUUGGAGUGGACAUCAUCAUUGAUUCAGGAGUGAGACUCUAUGAGGAGGAGCCAGAAGCACAGAGGCAUUGCCCGCAUAAACAUGACCUACUUACCCUGCUUUCAGUUGGAGGUCAUUGGGUUACCACAGAACAACACUUACAGCUGGACCCUCCUGAUAGCCACAUUCUCUUCCUGAAAGCGGCAUCUCUUUCAUUCCUUAAUGACGAGGUGUGGACAACAUCCCGUGCCAAGCAGGGCCGAUAUCUUCAUAUCCUAAAAGAUGUGAUGGAUAAACUCUGCACAGGGACUUUCAGGCCGCAAUUGGAGGACCCUGUGCCUUUAUAUGAAGCUACGGUCUCCAUGGAGAUGGUACAGAGAAAGCAAGCAAGGAAAAGAAUAGCUGUCAAGCUUUGAAGAGGGAUCAAAAUGUUUUCCAUAAUUUUGUAAAUUGUUCUAAAUCACGUUUCUGUCAGCUGCAUUUGGAUUGUUGGUAUUUAAAAACAUUAAAAUUCUUUAAAAGGAAAUCAAGCUCUCUCCAACAAAACGUAUCCUAAUGCAAAAAGUAUUUACAUUAUAGUGUAUAUAACGUUGGCCUAGUUAUGACAAACUGUAGAUGUGUUUUUCCUCGUGAUGCAUUCCCAAUGGAUUAUUAACAGCACCAUCUGAUCCCAUUUCUUUUGCCUAUUAAUAUGGGCAGCUCUGUAUGGUAAAGGACUAGAUAAUGCUGACCUAGAAUUCGCCAUCAUUGUUCGGAGGUAUGCAUUUGAUUAUCAGUGGUCUCCUACCAGUAACACAGCAUGUAGCUCAUUUGCUUUCAAUAGAAGAUUUGUGUUUGUUAAAAUCUCAUUGUCCUAAAUGUCCCCCCAUCUUCCUGUCCACCAAACUGUCACAGCUAUCUAGGAGAAAAACACACAUUACUUCACUGUACUUCACGCAUUACAUAGUCACGUUGGAAAGGUCACACGUGACAUAGGCAGAAGUACCAACCCAGUGUUUACAAAGCAACUGUGCAAAGAAAGUCAAACGCCCUUUACAAAAAAAAUAAAUAAAUAAAAAGAAGGUGGAAAAAAAGCUGGAAUGUUUUCCUCAAAAACCUUAAUUUCUUUCAACUCCUCCUGGACCCACAAAGUCUUUGGUUUUUCUGCAUUUUUAUGUAUUUGAACCCUUUCCAACAAUGACUGUAAGAUAUUGAGAUGCAUCUUUUCACAC